GAAGAGAAACCCUGGGCUGAAAAUUCCUAAAGAAGCAUUUGAGCAACCACAGACAAGCUCCACGCCACCCAGAGAUCUUGACUCCAAAGCCUGCAUCUCUAUUGGCGAGGAGAACUUUGAGGUGAAAGCCGAUGACCUGGAGCCCAUCUCCGAGCUGGGACGAGGUGCGUACGGGGUGGUGGAGAAGAUGCGGCACAUGCCUAGCGGGCAGAUCAUGGCAGUGAAGCGGAUCCGAGCCACAGUGAACAGUCAGGAGCAGAAGAGGUUAUUGAUGGAUCUGGAUAUCUCCAUGAGGACGGUAGAUUGCCCCUUCACUGUCACCUUUUAUGGGGCACUUUUCCGAGAGGGAGAUGUCUGGAUUUGUAUGGAGCUGAUGGAUACCUCACUGGACAAGUUCUACAAACACGUCAUUGACAAAGGCCUGACGAUUCCUGAGGAUAUCUUAGGAAAAAUAGCUGUCUCUAUUGUAAAAGCACUGGAACAUCUACACAGUAAGCUCUCCGUGAUCCACAGAGAUGUAAAGCCCUCUAACGUGUUGAUCAAUACGCAGGGGCAGGUGAAAAUGUGCGAUUUUGGAAUUAGCGGUUACCUCGUUGACUCGGUUGCUAAAACCAUGGAUGCAGGAUGCAAACCCUACAUGGCUCCGGAAAGAAUUAACCCGGAGCUGAACCAGAAGGGGUACAGCGUCAAAUCCGACAUCUGGAGCCUGGGGAUCACAAUGAUCGAGCUGGCCAUCCUGCGCUUUCCCUACGACUCCUGGGGGACGCCCUUCCAGCAGCUCAAGCAGGUGGUGGAGGAGCCGUCGCCACAGCUCCCGGCAGAGAAGUUCUCAGCAGAGUUCGUCGAUUUUACCUCGCAAUGCUUGAAGAAGAAUUCCAAAGAACGGCCAACGUACCCGGAGCUUAUGCAACAUCCUUUCUUCACCCUGCACGAAUCCAAAGAGACAGACGUCGCCUCUUUUGUCAAACUCAUCCUGGGAGACUGAGAACUGGACUUGUAAAUGAAUUGCCCUUCUGUGGACUGGUGGGUGCCGGGGAGGGGCGCGUGGCAGGACUUGUCAUGAAAGCACCAACAGAAAGUCGCCGUGUUUUGUUUUGUUUUGUUUUUAUUCUGAGAAACCCCCACCUCGCCGAAGUUUUUCAAAGGGUUCUUUGGUAUCCAUAGUGACAUAGAACGAGCUGGUUAGUGAAAUGAAUUUUAAUAAGGUUGGUAACCUUAAAACAAAAACAAAACAAAAAAAAAUUUUAAAAGAGUGAUUUACAUAUUUAAUGACAGUCGAAGUCCCUCUUCCUAACUUUAUCCUCAUCCCCCUUCCCUUCCCCCUGAACCACAAUUUGCUUUGUCAUGGUAAUAGGUGCUAUGGUAGUCAUGAAGUUGUAUGUAGAUUUAUAUUUUGUCCCUUCCAUUAUUUUAAUAUUUAUGUUAAGUGCUUGAUGGAAUAGAUUUCUGUUUUAUAUGAGGAUGAAUGCGUGGUGACGAUGGUGUUGCUAAAUGAGGCCACAGCAAGCAAUAGUCGUCAGGGCUUUGCUGGGGAAAAGGUGUCAAAGGAAAAGAGAAAGAAGAGAAGAAGUGUCUGUGUUGUGGAAAAUAUUUAAUGUGCAUCAUAAAAAGAAUUUAUAAACAAGGAUCUCAGCUCAGCUACUCCAGCUGCUUUCGCAGCCUGUGAGGAAGCAUCACUGUAAGGGAGGGAGGUCACCUCUUCUCCGGACACCGCACUUCGAGUCUGGCCUGUGGCCUGCGGGCACUGCCAGCUCCUGCCUGGGGACAGCCCCUGCCCUGUGUCCCACCGACUUACUCUGCUGGAUCGGGCGGGUAAUGAGUUCUGGAGCGGGAACAGAUUGCUGGUUUAGUGUCUGGGACAAAAGCCCCCAAGGGAACUAGAUUGUCAGAGAAGUUGCACAAAGCUCACGAGGAGGCUGCGGGGGUCGGUCCCCGCCAGCCCAGCAGCACCACAGCGUCUGGGGCUCCCUUGGGCUGGGGAUGAACUGCUUUGGGCCUAAAAGGGAGUUCCUCUUUCCUCUCCUCCAGAUGAGAAAGGAUAACAGUCUGCAUAGCACGACAUGGGGGAAAAAAGGGGCUAUCUCAGUGUGAGUUUCCAGGGCAGUGAUCCCUGUGUGUGUGCCCACAGAGGGGAGUGCUGCAGAGAGCUCCCCUGAGCCCCUGCCGGGAUGCGGUUUGGGCCGUGUCCAGCUCUGGUCGGGAUGCCAAAGGCAGCCAGGAGCACUGGGCUGCGGCGUGGGCUGCAGGUGUCCCCCACAGGACCUGCAGCAGGGAAACCACAGCCCACCCAAACCUGGAACUCGUUGCUGUUGGCCAGUUCCUCAGAGAAAAGCUGCUAGCCAAGGGCAGGGGUGCGGGAGCUGUCAGGGCGGGAGGGGAGGACGGCAGAUCACGCUGCUUUUAGGUAACAUGGUUACUGUCUAAAGAAAAGGGAGACCGUGCCCUGCAAGGUGUUGCUGUGAGUCUGGAGCAAGGCCACAGGCUCCAGGUUGAUGCUGGUUUGACUGAGCCAAACCUGUGUAGCUGCCUCGCUUGGCUGUGGGGUCCUCUGCCUUUGCUCCUUCCCCCGGCCCUGCAAAGGAGAAUGCCUGUGUGUGUGGCUGUGCCAGAGCAUGCACACAUGCCCCGUGCCCCUCCACAUGCUUCUCUUCCCCAUCCAUCGCAUCGCUUUGACUCUUGGAGUCAAAUCCCAGCGAGAAGCAGGCCUUGCUCUGCAAUAUUUAAGUUGUGCAGUGUGUCAUUCAGCCUGGGAUCCAUCCUUUUCUCUCCCGGUUGAGUGGCUGCAGUCUUUGUUGGUGCCUGUUGGGCUUCUGGACUGGCCUGAGUGUCUGUUUGGAAAGCGACCCCUUGGAAGGGCUGGUGGGGAGGACAGUAUUUGGAACAGGGGAUCCCCAGUGGUGGUACCUCCUGUGCUAGGGACAUGCGGACCACUUCAAAGAGGUGCAUGUAGAAACCAGCAGUGCCUGAGCUGCCACCGUCACCGUCCCCGCCGUGGCUGGCAGUGCCCGCAGAGGUGGCUGUGGAGCCCCAAAUUAUGUAGCUCUGCCUUGGGGCCAGGACCGAAGGAGAUUAGAGAAGCAUUGCUCAUGGGGAUUUGUUGGACCCUGUGUCUCUCAGCUGCAGAGUGGGGUGGCUUGAGGAAGGCUUUGCAGGGCUUUCCUGGCUGCGAAGAGCUCAUGGGUCGUGCAGACUUUGGGGCAGAGUAUCCCCUUCCUCAGCCCAUGUUCCACAAGCCUCUGCCCAGCCCUCGGUAACAAUAACUCCAUGUUCUGCUUGUGUCGAGGGGAGCCUUUCAGGUUACAUUUUGUUGCGGAUGAAACACAAGGAUGUUUUACUUCGCAGUGUAAUUUUAAGAGGCCUCACAUGGCUCAUAAUCUGCCCUCUCAUAUUCCAUGGUGUAUGUGUGCGUUUUCUCUCUCUCACUUUCUCAGAGUCGCAGAGCUGUUUUGAUUGAUUGUCCUCAGCUGCAGCUAAAAGUCCAGCCAGCCAGUUUAUAGACUUGGUUCCAGCAUCAAUUCUCGCUUUGAAAAACAUGACAUUUAAAACCACCCUUUGGUUUUCCUACAUAUGGAUCUGAUGCUUUUGUUAAAGAUUGGUUUUGCUGCUUUUCUCCUGGAAUAUAAGUCUCAUUUGGACACCGCAUCUCCUUGACCUCAGAGCACCUUUAUUUCAGUGCCAUUGUAAUUGACAGGUUGAAUUUAUGAGAUACUGUCAAAGUUCAGUAUUAAUAGCAGAUAUUAAUGUCACCAGCGUUUUCCAAUAGAAAAUUAAUGUCAGUGUUGUCUGCAGCUAGUAGCCCUCUAAAAUGAUUCCUACAUGCCUCGACACUACAUGCUGAGUGCUUUCUUUUAUGCUUUUUGCUCUUGGAGUGCUUGGGCCAUCUAAUCCCUUUGUUUUAAUGACAUUACAAUAGGGCAUGCAACAAAUCACUGCACUUCCCUCCUGUUUCUCCGUGAUUUGUUCCUUUAAAAGUCAUCUGCGUCAGCCCAGAGUGAGUGCGGAUCCAUAUGGGCACUGUGAGUGGGAACGGUGAUCCGAGUGGGCAGCACUGCAGAGGGUGGGUAUGGCAGGAGAGAAGUGUGGAGGCUGUCUGUCUGUCUGUCUGUCUGUCUCUGCGUCCCUCGUGGCACGUGUGGACAGAAAGCUUGGCCUGCCCCAGGAUUUUCUUAGAGAGAAGCCUGAGCUGGUGGCCUCCACGCAGGGAGGAGAGCCAGGGACUCCUGUGUGCUUAAAAGCUCGGAAACAUGCUGGGCUGCAAGAUGAAAAUCAGACUCUUUUUCUCUUCCAUUUGACUGUAGCCUCUGUGAAGAUGAAAAGCCUUUGGUCAGUGCUCAGAACUUUGCUUGGCUGUAACAAGAGCACAGCGUUGCCCAGGACAGGCCUGGUUUCUGGGACAUUAAGCCUUUCCCAACAACCGUGUCCCCUGGGCACAGCCAAGGUGUUGAGGCUUAAAGCUGCUUUUCAAAAAAAGCUCUUUUGUUUUCAGACGAUGCAGGACUCUGGGCAGCAUCUUAGAUUGUUCUCAACUGAGAUUUUUGAACUGCAAAAGUAGCAGGUCUUGUGCCAUAGACUCUGAAACAAACCAAAACCACAGCAGGCAGUGGAGAAGAGGGAGAAGCUGCUCGGAGCUCAGCACUGAGCUGUGACCUGGACCAGCUGCGUGAGUUGAUUCCAGCACGGUCAGGCAUUUGGGAGGCAGGGAGGGCCUCUGCACUCUGCCAUGGUGAUUUUGGGCUGCAUGGAGGGUACUCAGCCCAUCCCUGUGCAGGCAGUGGGGGACCACCAGGGCAUGAUGUUCAUCCGCUUUUUUUCCUUCAGUGUACAGCUCUUGGUGUUCCUGCAGCCUCCUGGAUGCUUGUGGCCUUGCCAUCGUAGAGCUCUUGAAGUGGCAGGAAAGCUAUUUUCUGGGUCCCCAAGAGCCCACCGAUCCCUUAAACCCAAAAGAGGAGCUGGGGGGCAUUUGCUGGUUACUGUUUUUAAACACCACGUUCGUGCUGCUGCAGUGGGUGAGAUGCCCAUCUUUUCUGGAGUUUUUCCAGGUGUACAAUCCUUUACACAGAUAUCUAUGUACUGUAUUUCUGCAUUUUUCCUGACUUUUGUCAGGUUUACUGGUGAGGAAGGAAGCAUUUCUGACUUGUUAAAGAGGUGGGAACACCGUUUCUGGAGGCAGCUGGGCUCCCGUGUGCGACGGAGGAGGCCGUUGGUGGGUCAGUACUCAGAGAAAGCUCUAAAAAGAGAAGAGUUUUGCUCCCAGUUGUUGAGCAGGUAGAGAGGGAGGUGGCUGUGGGUCUCCUGGGUCGGUGCUGGCUCCACCUUGUCUUGGUGGGAAGGGGCUGCCAGGCCCUUUGGGCAGUGGAGCAGUGCCUGGGCCAGGGGUAGGGGUGCUGGCGUGUACAGCCUUAGCUGGGAUCUCUCUGUGUUUGCUGUGAGCUGAGUGUGUACCUGCACAUCUCCCUGCUUCCCUAGGCAUUUGGGAAGAGGAAAUCCUGCCCGGCCAAUGCAGCAUUGCUUUAGUGGCUGGUCUGAUGUAGUUCAGACAAGGUUCCCACCAGCUCCCUUGUUUAAUAGACCUCUUUUUUAUUAAAAACAAACCCCAAACUCCUCUCUCAGAAAAGCCAGCCAAGAUGCUCUUUUUUUCUUCCCCUCUCUCUUCCAUCUUGUUCCUCUUAGAGGAACUCUGGGAGCCUGUCUCGGUGCUUUCACUCUUUCACAUGCCAAAGAUUGCUACAUCCCUCUUAGUUACGCUCCUGCCAAACCAGAUCUUACAGUCUUGCCUCAAAAAUCAUCCACUUCCCUGCUCCUUGGGGUUCCUUUUGUUGCUGUUGCUUUUUCAUUGAAUUUCCUCAUGUUUAUUGACAUGUCUAUUGUUGAGCUUCCUGGACACAUGCAGCUCUCUUUUUCGGAUACAGAGGAAGACAAAUAGUUGCCUUCCCUGCUCUGCCCCUGCUGUUGGGGAAAUACUGCUAGUGCUACGGUUCCUACAGAUGGGGACGGGUCUUAUUUAGAGCUGGGGUCACGGAGGGUGUAAACUGGCAUUGCUCCAUUGGCUUGGCUGGAAUAAGGCCAGUUUUGUCCAGCUGAGAAUCUGUCCUUAAUGUCUAAACAGUUACUACACACUAAUAAAGAUUAAUGAUUGUAAAUCCCCACGGAUUAUACAUAAAAUGGCAAGUUUUACUCAUUAAUCUUUAUUGCCAUAUUAUAGCUGUUUAUGUUAGAGGAGUCGUCUCUCUCUGUUCUGAACAUGCACUUAGGAGGUGGGGGUCGAGCGUGGGGGAGCUGAAGGGUGGACAAAAGAGACCAGAUGUCCACGUGUUUUACAGCCUGUGUCCUUCCCCCAAGUUGGUUGUUUCCUUGAAAGCCGUUAACCAGCAGCAAAGGAUGUAUCGCAGAGCUUUGUCUGCUUCACUGGCCUCUGGCUGAGCUAUAAAAUCCAGAUUGUUUCUGGUGAGAGGGGAUCAGAUCUCCUAAUUAAUAUUUCAACUCAGCCUUUACUGGAGCAGAUGGAUAAUAUGAAAUUUGACGUGUGCUCUGGCAGGCCAGGGCGCUGCACUGCAGCGAGACUCCGCUCCGGACCGGGGCUGGAAGAGAUGCUUUCUCUGCAGCAGGAGCUGUGCUACAGGUUGAAAGGAUGCUGCUCCUUCACGUAACCCCACACCAUAGAAGCAGCUGAUUUUGUUAACGAAGAAGGCCAGAAAAAAGAUGAAUUCAAUCUCAGCUUUUAUGUGUUUGCAGAUAGAGACACAGCCAGGAGGUGGUGGUGCCAGUGGUCUGGGCACAAAGGUUUGUGUGCUCUAUAAAGGAAGAGGACUUUAAAGGGAGUGCCGUAAACUGCAAGGGUGGUUUUAAUGGCACAGGGACAAAAUGAGUCCUCCCUAAGGCAGCUGAUGUCAGUCCACCCUGCCAUGAAGGUCUGGAGCCCAUGAGGAAGGCUGGAGCAAAAAGAGAGGGCAAAAGAGACAGCCACAGACUUGAUGGAGUAGGUGAGAGCCCCUGUCUCCUCUUUCUCCUGCCAUGUACUCCUUCAGGCCCAGAUUUGUAGGCAGCGGGUUCACUCACCAGUCCCAGAUUGCCACUGUGUCCCCACUUCCAGCAAGAGCAACAGGAUCUAAAGCCCACAGGGAAGAACUGGAAGCGAGCUGGUGCGUGUUUCCUGCUACGUGGGCUUGUGUGUUGCUGCUUCUCCUGCUGAGCUCGUCAGUGAGACACAGAGAUCAGACUUAGAUGAUGGGGAAAGCAUGGGAAAGGCCUCUGUAGCUGAGGAAGAAGAGGGUAGACAUAUUCCGGUGGUCUCUAACUAGCCUAAUGGUGGAAAUAUCUAAUUUUCAGGCCCCAGGGAUAAAUGAAUUCUUCAGGGCCCCAUGCAGCCAGCCAGCGCCGUUCCACCGGGAACUAUUUGGGCUGCGUGGCGUUUAUUACACGGCAUCUUUAGUGCACUCCUGGGUUGCUGGAAAGCUCUUCGCCUCCAUCGACACCUCAGUCACCUUUCCGUUUUGUAUUUUACAGUCUGGGAUUUUACCAGCAGCCUUUCUUCUAGGCAGUUGGUCAGGGCGAAGGUGAGGGAAGGGGGUGUCCAGCCAGGGCUCCGCCGAGCGCUUUGGGAGAGGAAGGAGCUGCCCCUCUGUUAUCCCGUGCCUGCUUCCCGGGAAGCUGCAGCCAGAGGUUUGCUGCCCUGCGGGAAUCCAGCCGAAGCGAGAGCUUCUCCUUGGCAUUCAAAAUCCCGUCCUGGAAGUGGAGCGGUGCUGGAAUUGCAGCCGGCAUCGCUCCGAGGUGGCUCGCUCUCGCCGGCAGCCGGGCUGCAGGACGGGCCCCGUUUCCUUCCUCGAAAGGCUCUUGGGUUUCUCUAAACGAUGGGGCAAGAGUCCAGCGGCUGCGAGGUACCGCGAGGAUAAGCCGGGAAAAGCUUGGAAGCGUCGUAACCGCUCUGGAAAUAGAGAUGGAAAUCUCAAAAGAUCAGACGUUCUUUCGGCAAUUUCCAAAGCUGUGUGGUUUUAGCCAGACCUGAAAACCCUUCCUAGAAGUUUAUUUCAGGGUAUUUUGAUACGUUACUUUCGCUUUUGGGCCCAGCUAAAUCCAGGAAACUCAGAAUAGUGUAAUUUUUAAAUAAAGAGUAAACACACCCCAGCUAUUACUGAACCAAUCAGGAGAGUUUCUGCUUGGUUUCUCUUACAGGAAGAAUUCAGGCCAGCUCAGGGUUUGUCCUAAUUCCGUCUGGUUUUACCCCAGAUUGUUAUUCUUUUUGAGAAAAUAGGAGAUGAGACCAUGGACUUUCCAAAACACCAUGACCCGUCACGCGAGGGUAUGAACCGAAUUGGGCCAGGAGGCAGAUGGAGAGAAGUGCUCCAGUAAGAGGCGGCCAAUGUCUGAUGGCUGGAAGGAGCCGUCUGGCAGCGAGCGUGCCCGUGGCCUCCAAAAGCAGAGGUAGAUACAGUUUCCCCAGGCGUUGUGUGAUGGAGCUAUCAGCGUCUGCCACGGCUUGGUUUUUUUCCUCUAGUAAAGAACAUUCAGCCAUCUCGGAGUGGCCAGGAGCAGGAUCUGAAAGCCUUUGGUGUUUCUCAGCCCCAUUGUAUGGGUUUUUUCAGGAUACUGCAAAAAGUCAGGGAGGGCCAGGUGUCCUUGAUUUACAGAGCCGGAGUGAAGAGAUGUAGAUUAAGUGCCUCGAAGAGCCAACAAAGGUGUAUUUAAAGAUAAAUUACAGUCUCUGUCAUAGCUGCUAAGUCAGGAUCAAAUUUUCACAUACACAGGUGCAGCCACAGAGCUCUCACUCCACACGUAGCCCAGAUUUAGUUGAGUCUUGCGUAAAUAUCUAAUGGCAUGGACCAUACUCUUUGGUGGGCUGCUGGGCAGGCUGGGGCUCUACAGGCAGGAAAACGCCUGGGUCAAAAGAAAAUAUUGCCAAAAUGAGGAUUUGGCUGCAGACAUUUCCUAUAUAACCUAAGAGUGAAGUGGAUUUCCAGAGCUCCGUCGUUGUGAGUGGGGCGGCGUGUGGCGCUGCGCCGGGGGGGCGGCUGGAAAUAGGCACAACAUACACAAGAGUUGGGAUUUUGCCUUCAUUUUUUAAUAGCAAUACAUUGGGGGAAAGCUGCUAGCUGGAGUUUCUCGCAAACUGGAAAUGUGUUGGAGUAAAUCUUGUCAAAAAAACCCUGUCUAAAAAUGCCCGAAAUCUUCAAUUUGAGGAAUUACAGUUUUAUUGGCAAAGAUCCAUGUUUAGCAUGAAAAAGUACGAAAUUAUUAGAGUUUCUGUCUUACGAUGUGAAAUCUGCUUUUUCUUGAGACGAUGGUAAAUUUGCAACAGGGCUAUUUCUACGUCCUUUCAGCUGGAACAAAUGGAAAGGCUGGGAGCACAGUGGGAAAGCAGCCACUUCCCAGUGAUCUGCUGGUACUGGAGGGGCACGGGGAAGCACCCGCGUGUUUUCAACAUGUCAGAAGAGAGAAGACUUUCCAACCUGCUGUAAUGCAAGUCCUUAUUUUUAGGAUUUAGUCCUUUAUUUUUAGGAUUUUUCUUUUUUUUUUUUUUUUUUUUUUUUUUUACAGUAACAUCAUUUGUUUUAUAACUGUGAAAGUCUCUGCUUUUCCUUACAUGUGGAAGGCUGAUUAUUCCUUCUCGUGUUCUUAGUAUUUAUUAUUUAUCCAUUUCUGGUACUACCCAAGUUGUGCUGAAGGCAUCUCCCAGCCUGCCCUCGAGCCAUGCGGAAUCCCUGAGUAUCUCCCGACAGCUGGGAUGGUGAAUGGCAGUAGAUGGCUAAUUAUGAUUUUAUUAUUUUAAAUUAUAUUUAUAGCAAUUUAGAUUUUCUUUUAGUGACCUGGUUUGCUCUAGAAUUAGGCAUGGGGAUAAGGAAUUUUUAUUUUUAAAUAUGGCAUUUUUCAAAUUUUCUUUAAAUGUCUUGAAGGCUUCUGAAUAAAGCUACUCACUCUUUCAUUUUUAAUAGGAGAAGUAGCAGUUGGGUUGUAAUUGUUCCUUCAAGAGGGGAUUGACAAGCAUGAGGGAUCAGUUUAACUGGUAAAAACUCUAGGUCACAGCAUCGUUAACCAAAAGUGCCCUGGAAUUCCGAGAAAUUUCCACCUGAAAAAAUAAAAUCUGGUUUGUAAUGAACUUGGUUUGUCCAAGUCUCAUGCCAGGCUUUUCUCUAGUGAAUUUACAUGGAGAUUUCCUUCGGCUGGCGAGAGCCAGGGUUGCCAGGAUUGCUUCAGAGUGGGGCUGGGGGCCACCAGGCACCUUCUGGCCCAAGGUCUCCUCUGGGUGUGGAGGACACGAGUCCUGCAGAAAUGAUGGAGGAGCAAAUGGAUGGCUGCUUCUUGCUCUGUAAGAGAUGUUGAGGUGGAAUCCCACAAGCGGGACCGGUGUUAGAAAAGCAGGACUGGGGGCUCAAAACCAGUUUUUUUGUUCUUUUUAUUCCCUUUCUCCACUGCACAAAGGUGCCUUGCUGCUGCCCCGCCGCCUCCUGCGCCUCCCCAGCCCCGCUGAUAAAGAAUGCUGUGGUGCAUCUGUUUUCAAACAGCUUGCUUUGGUUUUCUGGUUUGUUUUUUCUUCCCCCUAUGUAUAAGAAACGUUGGGUAGCAGAAUAUGGAAUUCAUUAGAAGUUCAUAAAGCUGGGACCUCAGAAGGAUGUGGGUAUAAAUGCUUUUCAGGCAUCUGAGGUGAACUUUAAAUGGAGCUUUGGCCCUCAUUUGCUUUCUGCUUUUCAAAUACCAUUUAUGAGAAAGUGGAGCUGUCAAAGCCAUGCAUGAACUUUGCCUUCUUGCAAAUAACUUGUCUCAAAGUAAAUUGUCAAAAUGCACAAGAAACUUGUCUCAAAGAAAAUCCAGUAGCUCUACAAAGCUGGAAACGUGUGUGCAUUAGAGUGUGUGUGUGUGUGUGCACGUGUUGUGCACGGGUGGGUGGAGCGCGUGAGUCUACCAUUUUGGAGAGUAAAAAACCAGAAAGUCGAGUGUUUUUAAAAAAAGGCAACGUAAAAUAUUUAUUUCUUGGCAAAAGUACAUCAGACCACAUCUCCCAUCCUUCUUUUAAUUGCUUGGUGUUUGGUUUUGUUGUCUAAAGUCUUUGCUGGCCCGUUUCCUCCGUGGUGCUGGUUGCUCCUUCGCAGCCCAUAACCUCAGACAACCCCUCUGGCAGCGAGGGGAGCCCACGGGGGUCUGCACCCGAGGGCAGGAAGGGGAAGGUAGCAUGAGAUGAAAAGGCAGGACAACCCAAUAGGAGCAAUUCUCAACUUUUAGCCUCGUUGGGGAAACUCCAUCCUCAUGAGGUUCAGAACUUCCCACGUCCUAACGCAAGAUCCCACAUCAUCACUCUAGGGAGGGUGGGUUGUUCCAGAGGUAGGAGGCUUUGAGAAGGACUUGGCUGGUUCUUGUGGACACGUGCUGGUGGUAUAUCUAAAAGAAAUGAAGUGCCGUUGUCUUUGUGAGGUUCUUGUCAGUGCUGGUCAAGGUCCCCUCGGUCUUCCCCCGGGCUGUGUGGCAGGGCAGAGCCAGAGCAAGGAGGCAGUGCCACCCCAUGCCGUGGUGAACCCUCACUCCGAGCUCCUGUUCCAGGCGAAAUGUCACAACGGAGUCACUCAGAUAUUGCAAAGUUCUGCAAUAAAAUAAAAGGGGGCCCCUCCUGCCCUCCAGAGCACUCCUGGUUGCCCACCCACGCGGCUCCGUGUCCACUCCCUCUGAAUCACUGCUCUGAACCUGUGUUCUCCUCACUCAUCUCAAAGCCGUUCCUCCUCCUCUGAAGAUGAUAAAUAGGAGACUGACAGUAGGACCGUGUGCCUAGUGUUAGACAGGCUUUUAUUUAAUGUUGUUGUUGUCUUAACCAGAUGCUUUUAGGAUCCGUGUUGUACUGGAUUAAAGAUAUUGGUGGAACAACUGAACUGGUAUUCUUUAACUGCCCCAGGUCCUUUUCCUCCGCUUUCUUCAUUAAAAACAAAAAAAAUAGAUUGGGAGAAUAUAUUUAACUUGAAAAAAACCACCCCAAACCGUGCUGAUGGAAUAGGUUAAUCUUCUUCACUACGCUUUGAUUUUAUUUCUCAGGAUAUCCAAAGGUUUAUCACUGCUGCUGAGAGAAGGGGACAGUACACCUUUUUGAAACUUCAACCACUGUAACCGUUUUCCAGAUGUGUGUGUGUGUGUGUGUGCGUGUGUGUGUUUGUUAAACGCCGCACUGUGUGUGCGUGUGUUCUGCUGAAUAUUGUGUGCAUCUAGGAAAUGCUUCAAACAACUGCCUGGAAGUCAAAACCAACCACCUCUUUCCAGUCAUAUGUUUGCCGUGACUUUUCAUAACCACACUUGAACUAGUGGUCUUGGAUUAAAUAUUCAAAGAGCAGGGCAUCUUUAUAGCAAUGGUAUGUCAGUCAAAUUAAGAAAAAUGUACACAAAAAUAAAUAAAUGAAAUUUAAAAGUAA